AAUUCGACAACCAAUUAAUCCGUUUCGGAAAGGUGAUCUGUGACUGUUUCCAGGUGAGUCGGAGGGGAGGAGGAGCCAAAAUACAGAUCUCAUACACAUCUCCGGAUGUGGGAACAAGUACACGUCUUGACAGGCCAAAGUGGAAGAGGAGUUGAGUUUUUAUUUUAGUGAAUUCGAUGGAAGAAUAACUGGAGCAUUUGAAAACGGGGCAAAGAGUACAACGAGCCAGAUGGCACAAGAAGAACCGCUGUAUGAUUUCCCAGAGCCCACCCAGCCGUCAGAGCGCAAGUUAGGUAAUCAAAGAGGACACGGCUCUCUGAGAAGCAUCAGUGUAUUGGACCGUCUCCUGCUCACAGUUCCUGUCUGGCUUCAGCUGUCCAUCAACCCUGCCACCGCACUGCACAUACUGCAGAGGGAGCCUCCUGGGACCUUUUUGGUGCGUAAGUCUCGCACGUCCAAGAAAGACGUGCUGUGUGUCCGCUUGACAGAUGACAGCUUGCCAUCGUUUGUUCAGCAGCUCGGCAUCCGGCAGGAACACUCCACUCUGUCCCUGGAGACCUCAGCCAUCAGCUUCCCAGAUCUCCCACGACUCAUUUCCUUCUACUGUGUCAGCAGAGAUGUAUUACGCUUCCCUCUGGAGCUUCCUGAAGCCAUCGCAAAGGCAACAUCCCACAAAGAGCUCGAGUCAAUCUCACACAUGGGAAUAGAAUUCUGGAAUUCACACCUAAACAUCCGUGGGCCACGGGUGGCCCCUAAGACCCAGGAGGACAAAGAAAAGAAGCCCGAGGCUGUAAAUCCAGUCCCCCCCCCUGCUGCCCCACAGACCAGCUUGGCAGCUCAGUCUGAUUCAGUUCCCGAGCUCGACUCAGCCAACCAGCUCAAGAAAGCACCUAAAUCAGACACCGCCACCAAACAAUCAGGUUCCAAUCCCACCUUGUUCCAUGAGUUUUGUCCAAUCACCACACGCAGCCCCGGAGAGCUGGACUAUGGCUCCAGCCAGGGCGCUCUCUGUUUCAUCAACCCUCUUUUCUUGCAGUCCCAGAACGCUUUGUCCAGACGGCGCAUGUUCAAACACAGCCUCAAGGUUCGGAUUUCCACAGAGUCAUCGACCCUUCUUUCGCCCCCGCUUGCUCCUCCACCUCCACCACCUCUGAUGCCUAAAACCAAACGUCAAUGUAAAGCUCAGAAACAGGGACAAGGAACCGUCCAUCCCUUGAAAGGUCUUUUACACGGUGAGAACUCAAAUCAGGACACCCCCAGUGAGGCCCAAGUUCAGCCUCCCACAGUAACUCUUCACCUCCAGCCUAAGGUGCAGGAGCAGGGCCAAACACAAAUGCACCAAGGCCAAAUGGAAGCUGGAAUCAGGGGGGACACAACUCAGUUACCAACAGUCAUGGAGAAUCUUCCAGACGACUCAGACUACAUGCAGCCGUCUCCAAUGAUCAAUUUCUCCCUUUCUCCCUCCCUCCCUCCUUACCUCUCCCCAUCGGUUUCUCGCAAGGCGCCUCCCCUUUUCCCCAAAGCAUCUCCGUCCCUCUUUCCUCAGGACUCUCCCGGUGCUUCCCCCCCCCUCUCGCCUCAUCAACCCCCAUCUCUUUCUCCCAAGGCCCCCUUUUCCCUCUCUCCAUAUGACUCACCCAGCGCUUCCCCCUCUCUUUCACCUUACCAGUCCCCAUCUCCUUCUCUCGCAAACUCUCCAUCCUUCCCUCAGCUGGCAAAGCAGGCCUAUCAGACACCUGCUACUCCUUCAAGACCAGAUCAGCAAAGAUCAGAGAGAGAGGCUGAGGAGGAGGGUGCAGGUGCUGAGGGAAAUAAGGAUGAAGAUGAUGAGACAAAUGAGGAUCUGGUUUUACAGAGGACCGCUGCCUCUGUAAACGACACAGACAGUUGCAGUUCCUUCAGCAGUCUUGAGGGAGCAGCAGAGACUCUACCUCACUCAGCCCACCAACUGGACAAUGGUACAAGCCUCUAGUGAACAACUGAAUUAAAUUAUCAAAGUAAUGUGUAGAAUUCUUUAAAUAUUUAAUGAUGAUUCUAGUUUUGUAUGUUUUAACCGCAAACUGUGUAAACUUAUUAUGCUCACACCAAUAAUUUUCUGAAACCA